AUGAACCGCGCCAAAGCCGGUCGCAAAAAGGCCGAAGGGGGUGCCAGAUCGUUGAUCCCCUGUAUAGUCUUCCUCAUUUCCGCUGCGUGCGUCAUUUUGGUCAUUUCGUACACCGGCGCAAACAUCGCCACUAAAACAUCCGCGCAGCCCGGCGCAAAGAACCCGCGCGGAGGCGGGGAAAGCGCGGACGUCAUGGAGGAAGGCGGGGGGGAGGGUGAUGACGCGGGGGAAAUUUCGUUCGUAAAGGGUGGCGUAGGCGCGGCGCCAUUCCUGCCGGAUUUCGAUCUGAGCCGUCCAGUGGAGCACGGGCCGAAGGGGAAGCGGUUGAGUAAAGAGGAGCAGGAGUACGUGAGCGCGGAGGCGGAAUACCAGAUGCGUCUGGCGCGGCGGAACGAGCUGACAGGGGGCAAGCGCCCCGAGCCGCCGUUCCCGCGGUGGAAGCCGGGCAAGAUCAAGGAGGUGUUCCUCACGCCCACCUACCCCUGCAAGCGCGCCGAGCGCCUGGGGGGCACGGGGGCGGACGGAGAAGGCGGAAAGUGGGUGUGCAACAUCCGGAAACUGAGAGGAGGGGGCAGGAGGCCUAUCGUGUACAGUGUGGGCAGUGCAGGGGAAACCUCCUUCGAGCAGGCUGUGAGGGAGCGGCUGCGCACCAAGGCGUUCACCUUCGACCCGUUUCUGGACGACCAGCAGGCAGCAGCGCUGCGAGCCAAGCACCUGCUGCGGUACAUCCCCAUCGGCCUUGGUGCGGGCAAGCAGCUCUCUGCUUUACGGCGGGGGGCGCCGGGGAAGCGGUUUGCCACGCUGGCCCAGCUGAUGGGGAAGCUCAACCACUCGCAUAUUGACGUUCUCAAGAUUGACUGUGAGCGCUGUGAGGAGCGGCUCAUGGAGGAUCUGCUCAACACGUUUGGCAAGGAGAAUCCACCAGCAGAGCAAAUCCUAGUGGAGAUUCACCAGAUUCGCCACGUGGCCAGGACCACGCAAGUCCUCUUCCCAUUGGAGGACAUGGGUUACCGCCUCUUCAAUGCAGAGGCCAACCCACGCUGUAACAGCUGCUACGAACUCUCAUUUCCUCCUCGUUUCCCCUUUCCGCUCCCCAGUACCCCUUCCCGCCUCCCCGUUUCCCCUUGCCCGCCUCCCCAAUUCCCCUUCGCGCUCCCCGUUUCCCCUUCCCGCCUCUCCGUUUCCUCUUCCCGCCCCCCAUUACCCCUUCCCGCCUCCCCGUUUCCCCUUUCCGCUCCCCAUUACCCCUUCCCGCUUCCCCGUUUUCCCUUCCCGCUCCCCAUUACCCCUUCCCGCCUUCCCGUUUCCCCUUCCUGCCUCCCCAAUUCCCGUUCCCGCCUCCCCGUUUCCCCUUCCCGCUCCCGACUUCCCCUUCCCGCCUCCCCGUUUCCCCUUCCCGCCUCCCCGUUUCCCCUUCCCGCUCCCCUUUUCCCCUUCCCGCUCCCCGUUUCCCCUUCCCACCUUCCCGUUUCCCCUUCCCGCUCCCCAUUACCCAUUCCCGCCUCCCCGUUUCCCCUUCCCGCUCCCCGUUUCCCCUUCCCACCUUCCCGUUUCCCCUUCUCGCUCCCCAUUACCCAUUCCCGCCUCCCCGUUUCCCCUUCCCGCUCCCCAUUUCCCAUUCCCGCCUCCCCGUUUUCCCUUCUCUACUCCUCAAUUCUCAUUCCAGCCUGCACGUUUCCCCUUCCCGCUCCCCGUUUCCCCUUCCCACCUCCCUGUUUCCCCUUCCCGCUCCCCAUUACCCCUUCCCGCCUCCCCAUUUCCCAUUCCCGCUCCCCAUUACCCCUUCCCGCCACCCCCCUUCCCGCCUCCCCAUUACCCCGUUUCCCCCCUUUCUCCCUCUCGUUUCCCCCCCUUCUCCCUCUCGUUUCCCCGCCUCCCCCUCUCGUUUACCCCCCUUCCCCCUCUCAUUCCCCCCCCUUCUCCUCAUUAUUUUCCCUGCUUCUCCCUCUCAUUUCCCCCCUGCAUUACCCUUCCCCUCCCUGCAUUACCCUUCCCCUCCCUGCAUUACCCUUCCCCUCCCUGCAUUACCCUUCCCCUCUUUUUCACGAUCCUCCUGCCUUUCCCUCUUUUCCCCUCUCGUGCUGCCUUUCUCUCUUUUCAGCUCUCUUCAACAAGUGUUGA